GGCAAUAAAAUAGAACAAUACAUUAAAUACAACUUACAAGUUGAAUAUUACUUAUUUAAGCUAUUACUAUUAGUAAAAGUGUAGAACGAAUUCUGUUUGUAUGUAAUUCUUAGUUUUGAUUGAGAGGUUACAGCCAUCUUAUAAUCUUUAUUAACUGUAACUGGUCGAAACAUGUUAUUAAAGAAUGUUAUGUUCAUGUGUCAGUUCUUGGUCUCUUGAAAUUUGACUGUGUGAAUUAAAGCAAUUAUGACUGAUAUUGACAAAUGGUUGAUAUUCAGUACCCUUGCACCUGAAACUGUGUCAAAUGUGAAAUUAGCUUGUGUUUUUGGAAGCUCUGGAAAUGAAGCCAUAAUUGUGACUAAAGAUGAUGAAGUCUUUGCUCUUGGUUCAAACUGUAGUGGAUGUCUUGGUUUGGGAGAUUCACAUGGAAGCCUUGAGCCCAAAAAAGUGGUUUCACUAUGCAAGAAGGGGAUAAAAGACUUUGCAUAUGGAAGUGGGCCACAUGUACUGGCCAUUACUGAAAGUGGUGAACUAUAUAGUUGGGGACAUAAUGGUUAUUGUCAACUAGGAAAUGGAAGUACUAACCAAGGCUUAAACCCUGGCCUCAUCUCUGCAAACCUUAUUGGUCGUAAGGUGGUAGAAGUUGCUUGUGGAAGUCAUCAUUCCAUAGCUCUUACUUCUGAUGGUGAAGUUUAUGCUUGGGGACAAAACAAUUGUGGACAAGUAGGAUCGGGUUCAACAACAAACCAACUUACACCUAGAAAAGUAACUGCGGGAAUUGGUUGUAGAAGAUGUACUGCCAUAGCAUGUGGACAAACAUCUUCAAUGGCUGUUUUGGAUAAUGGAGAGGUGUAUGGCUGGGGCUACAAUGGAAAUGGUCAGUUGGGACUGGGUAACAAUGUCAACCAAUCAAAUCCAUGUCGGGUAACACACCUGCAAGGAGUAAUCAUACAGAAGAUAGCUUGUGGAUAUGCACACACUUUAGCAUUGUCAGAUGAAGGUGUAUUAUAUGCCUGGGGAGCCAAUUCUUAUGGUCAAUUAGGCACUGGGAACAAGGCUAAUCAAGUAACACCAGUCAGAAUUGCUGCUGAAAUUGGCAGGGUUGUGGACAUCAGUGCAUCACACUACAACCAUAUUUCAGCUGUCAUGACUCAGACAUCUAAGUUAUAUAUGUGGGGACAGUGUCGGGGACAGUCUGUGACACUCCCUGAAGAGUCACCUUUCCACACCCUACAUGAUGUUUUUGCUUGUUUUGCCUCUCCUGCUGUCACCAGUAGACCCAUGGAACUAGAUGUUUGUAUGGUAAAUAGAGUAGGAGAUAGUCUUCGACAAGCAUUUGAUGACCUUAGUACGAGUGAUUUGAAAAUUUCUAUAGAAGGGAGAGUUGUGCAUGUUCAUAAGGCUAUUCUAAAAAUUAGAACAAUAGAAAUUACACAGUUUUCAUAUCCUGUUUAUCAAGCAUUUUUGAGGUAUCUUUAUACUGAUGAAGUGGAGUUACCUCCAGAAGAUGCUAUUGGUUUGCUUGACUUAGCUAACUCUUAUUGUGAGUUGCAACUAAAGCGUCACUGUGAGCGAAUCAUCAAACAUGGCAUCACUAUAGAUAAUGUAGCCAUGUUGUAUGCUGCUGCAAUUAAAUAUGAAGCAAAGGAACUGGAAGAUUUCUGUUUUCGUUUUGCUUUGAACCACCUGACAGCUGUGGCUCAGACAGAAGCUUUCAAUAAGCUUGAUGAAUUGACUAUAAAAAACUUUAUCUUCAAGGCUGCUCAACAAGGGGCCUUUAAAUACUGAUGUAUUUGUAUGAAGGUGGUAUUUUUGCCACAUGUUGAUUGUUAACAUUGUCUUCUUUCCAUAAAGUGUUAUGAUAAUGGUGGUUUGAUUGGUGGGUCUCAUCUCAACAUUGUUAUUACGAUUGGAUCUGUUUUCUUGAUAAUAAGAACUUGGUUAUUAAACAUCCCAUCUUAAUGAUGAUUAUUGAACUGAAUUGAAUGUGACUACUGUGGUCUAGAGGAAGGAGAAGCUAGUAGACUGUUUUAUUAUACACUUAAAGUUUGUUAUUGGACUCUUCAAUAAGUAAGUGAGACAAGUUUGUAGACUGAAAGAUUUGACAUAUGAACUUCAUCUAUAUAUAGCCUCUAUUGCUAUGUUAUAAGUAUUUAUGUAGACAAUAUAGUUCUAAGGCAAUCUCAGAGAACAGCUAAUAGUAUAGUUUGUAAAAACAAUAUAAAAGCGUUUGAUUAAAUUAGUUGCUUCUUGUUUUAUUUUUGGAAUACAGUAUAAGUAUAUCAUAUAAAAAUUAAUAAUUAACCACAGUAAUUCCAAAGUAAGCUAUACAAGGAAAGCAAUCUUCAUUCUUCUUGCAAGAGAAAAAUUAAUUUUUAUAACACAAGUUACAAAAGAUGUAACUAAAGUGGAUUGUUGACCUUAGAGCAGAGGUGGGCCAACUCAUGCUGAAAGUGACAUGUGAAGCAAAAUUUGCAACAUGCUUGUCACUUAGAAAAUAUUUCAUGUUGUGGUGCAAAACAUAAUAAUGUUUGGAAUGUCUGUAUAUGCAUGUAAUUUUAUUAAAGUUGUAUUAAUAAUUAUUUCAUUUAAUUUGUAAUGUCUUUUGAUUUGACUGCUUGAACCCCACCUCCUCUUUGUUUCUAUUGACUGGGUUGUGUGUAUUGGUUCAGUGGCAUCUUACUUAGAUCUCAGAACCUAAAAAUUGGCACAAUUGCUAAAAGGAUAUCCACUUCUCAGUUAGUAAUUUGUCAUUUGCAUUUAAAUGAUUUAAAAUUUGUCAAAAAAGAAAGGGUUAAAAUUUUAAGCCUAAAUAUAUAGUUGAAAAUUAGAAGAAUAUACUAUCUUACUUAAUAUUAUCUAUGUAUUCUGAUUUGCAUUUUUAUUUAAUUUUUAUUCACUUUAAUUUUGAAUUAACAUAUGGUUGAGUUGUGAUUCUGAUAAAAUGAAACUUGUUUUUUUUGUAUGUACUUAGAGUGUACAAAUGAAAUUUUGUAUUGUAAAAACAGGAAAAUAUAAACUAAUGAUAUAUGUAUAAAUAAGAAUAUAUUGUGUGUAUUGUAAGUUGAGCCAAAGCUGCAUAUAUUGUAGUAUCUCUGAAAUGUAUCAACAGCAAAUGAGUCUGAACCAGAAGUGAUAUUAAAAACAUGGAAUGUUUUAAAUAAAGGAAAUAAAGAAGACAGUAAAAACUGGG